GGUGUACCCCAGGCACCGCUGCCUGCAGCCACCCCGCUCCCUGCCCGCAGGGUGCCUGCCUGCACUGAAGACACGGGACGAGGGCACCAUCUCCAAAACGCAGCAGAUCAUAACUCACCUCAGGAAACAGAUCCACACCUUCUGGGUGGAUGCAAAGAACUACGUGGAGCACACACGGAAGUGGUACGCGGAAACCGUCCCCUUUCCCCUGAACUUCUUCCUGCCCAACUGCAUGCACAAGCAGCACGUGGAGCGGCUGCAGCUUAUGUGGGGAGAUGGCUACAUGGAGGAUGAGGAGAAGCUGGAGAAGGAGCUCUACCGGGAUGCUCGGGAAUGCCUGACACUCCUGUCCCAACGCCUUGGCUCCCAGAAGUUUUUCUUCGGAGACUC